AGCUCGCGGUGAGGAGGCAUGGAUGAACCCACUUAUGGGACUUAGCAAAAGCAAAGGCUCCUCAGGUAAGUCCAGCUCUUCAAUUCGGAAAACCAAGAGUAAGAGUCAGGACAGACAUGCGGACAGGUCAACAAGCAGCCGGCCUAGCUCUAGUUCCAAUACUUCCAGCAUUCAUGGAUCUAUAAAAACAAGUUUGAAAUCUCCACGGAGUAUUAGUGAAACUGGUAAACAGCACAAGUCGAAAACCUUUGUUAUUCCCCAAAUCAUCGUUACUCGAGCUUCCACCGACCUGGGUAUACCACCAGAGGAAGAAGGGCAAAAGACCAUAAGGGACAAGAUGGACUAUGGUCCCUACUACCGACACAGGAACCCCAGCACUGUUGACGCGUACACUAAAACCCAGCCUGAGGCUCCGAAACCCAAAUCAUUCCUGUAGUGGUCCUCUGAGACUCAAUGCCAUCUUCAAGAUGUGGUUAAAGCACUUUGGCCUCUUCUCUGGCAAGCAGGCUUGGCCUCACUUCUCCCAAUGCCACAUGCAGCUUGGAGGAAAGCAGGAAUGACUUUGGAAAGUGA